AUGUCUAAAUUUAAAUAUGAUGAUAUCGGUGUUGUUGGGAGAAAGACUGGUAUUCGCGUUGGCAGCGUCACAAAGGAUGACGAUGGAUUGGAGAACCUAGAUGAAUUCUUUUCAGAGGGUUUCAAUGGCGGUGGUGGUAGUGGUGGUGCUGAUAGUGCUAGUGCUAGUGGUAGCAACAACAACAAUAACUCCACCAUGGAUAUCGUCAACAGCGAACAAGUCACUCCAAGAUCGUUAAUGAAACACUCCAAUCGCAAACCCAGACACUCUCUCCUCACUUCACGUCUUCUUCGUGAGGCACAAGAUGCUCAAGAUGCUGAUUCUGAUUCUGAGUUUCAUACUUACCAAUUUUACAACAAAAUUCCCUCUUCACAGCCCCUCCAACCACCGAUAAGGGACAGAGAUAGUAGACAGCUCUCUCACCAAGAUCAAGACAAUGAGCUCAAUGAACGUCGCCAGCGCGUACGCAGAAUGGAACACGAUCGGAUCAUUCAGCAGCAGCAGGAUGAAGAACAUGCAGCUGAUGAGGAGCGUAGAGAGGUUGAAAAGUCUCGCAAAAGGAACUUUGAUACAAGUACUGCUAAUAAAAAAGUCAAAAAGGAUAAAAAAGACAAAUCAGAUAAAACAGACAAAAAAGAUAAAAGUGCCACUUCCUCCUCCAAGAAACGGAAACCUCACUCUGAAAACUCUCCCACCGACCAACGCAAGGAUAGAAGGACGAGUGGUGAAAAAAUUAGAGAGCGCAGACCAACCCCCAUGGAUCCAUCUGAUCAUGAAGACCACGAGAAAGAAUAUUUAGAUCGUAUACGUAGACACAGCAAGGGUAAAAGAAAGCAAGGUGAUGAAAGUACUGUUGAACAGCCUGAACACCCUAUGCAACCCGAGCAACUUGAUCAAUACGACCAGCAAUAUUCCCCAUCACCCCCACGCGCCCCUAUCCACAUCAAUGAUGGUGGCGAUGACGAUUCUAUCAUUCUCGAUCAGGAAUAUCAGCCUGAACCUGAACCUGAACUCGGAUAUGCUAAUGGCGUGGAUAAUAUGCUCGAAUCUGACUCUGAAAAUAACAUCCAGGAGGAAAGCAGGAAAAAAGAAGAUGCAAAAAUAGACAAAAAGAAACGGAGGCAGAUUGACACUCGUGAAACUUCCAAAAACGUCACCAAGACCACCUCAAAUAAAACCAACGAUGAAGCAGAUGCUCUACGUCGCUCCUCUCGUCCCCGUCACCGACCACUGGCAGAAUGGGCGCUCGAGCGGACUGACUUUGCUGGGAAUAUUAUCGCACCACCACCAGUAGUACAAUCAACACAGCAAACCCAAACAUCACUAAAAGAGCGUAAGAAGCGUGCUGCACAAUCUGCCGCUAGGAACAACAAACAAAAGGAGAUAGAGCUGCACAAGACACUAGAAAAAUACACAACCACAUCCUACCCCGUCAAGAAUAAAUCAGGCAAGACUAUCAAAAGGGAUAUUGCAUAUAGGGAAAAACACUUAAAGAUUGACGAUUUGAAAAAAGAAUACGAGUUCAAGAAGAUAUUCCAAGAACCUGAGCAUAUGGCCUCUGGUGUGAUGGUCAUUGAUAAAGGUAAGGAGAAGCCAUAUAAGGAAUCUAAUGAUAACUGCUACGUUUUCUACAUUAUUGAUGGUGCUGCAAGAGUAGGAUUGAAUCAAAGCCAUGAAUUUAAUAUUAGUCUUGGUGGUAGUUUCUACAUACCGCGCAUGAAUCAGUACAAGAUACGCAAUAUCGGUAACUCACACCUUAAGCUCUUUUUCACUCAGAUACGCAUACCUGAGCCAGUCGAGGGUAAUUCCAAAGUUGUUACUAAUACCAGUGCCAACGCCGCUACCACCAAAGCAAGGUUAUAUGAUCCACCGCAGGAAGAAAGUGAACAGGAAAGUGAUGAGAGCGAUGCCGAUGCAGGCAGCCAAUCAAAUGGCUCUCCACCCUCACAAGCCCACUCAAUCUCCUUUUCAUCGCCUUCAUCCGUCGCAUCACCCACCUCCAGUCAAUCUCCACCUCCUCGCAGACUUGCUUAUUUAUCAGAUUAA